UCAUACUCAGCAUGCAGUUUGUGUAGUUAGGUCAGAAAGGUGACAACUUUUUCCUACCCAAUAACAAAUUGCACCUCCCCUUUCUCUUCAUACUUACUCAUAUAUAUAUAUAAAUGUACACCACAUAUAGUUCCAAGAGUAACAUCAUUCUGAAACGGUUUUAUCGUACAAUCCUGACACAAACCAAAUGCGCCAUUAUUAAUACACAGUUUCAGUGCUACACCAUUUCGACAACAAGAAGCCAAAUACACCAUUAAUGACAGAGCACCAAAGAAUACAUCCGGUGGUCGUCCAGGAUGUGGAAGCACCACCAUCACCAUCACCGCCACCACCACCAACACGACCUCUACUGCCUCAAGUCACAUUCCGAUCAGAAAAGGGUAAUCCAGCAAGGAAUCAAGUUCCAUUAGGCCACUUAAUUGCAGCAAGGCCUCCUCCUUUGGCACCACCAAAGAGUGGAAACUGUUUGUGCAAAUGCCUCUGUUGGACACUUAGCCUCCUCAUAUUCCUGCUGAUCAUUGUUGGAGCCACUGCAGGGAUUCUUUACCUCGUUUUCCAACCCAAGAUCCCCAAAUAUUCAGUUGACGAUCUCAGAAUAUCAGACUUGACACUGAAUUUCGACUUGAGCCUUUACGCAAGGUUCAAUGUUAAGAUCACAGCAGAAAACCCAAAUAAAAAGAUUGGAAUAUACUACGAGAAAGGUAGCCAUUUGAGCGUGUGGUACAAAAACACAAACCUUUGCCAAGGAUCGAUCCCCAGAUUCUACCAGGGCCACCAGAACAAAACGGCUUUCAAUGUAGUCUUAACGGGCCAAAAUCAAUAUGGAAGAACCCUGCUUGAUGCAAUGCAGGAGCAGCAACAGACUAGAAGGAUUCCACUUGAUCUUAAGAUAGAUGUGCCUGUCAGCAUUAAGCUUGGGAAACUGAAGCUGAACAAGGUGCGAAUAAUGGGAACCUGCAUGUUGAUUGUCGAUAACCUGUCUACUAAUAGUUUAAUCAGCAUUAAAGCUAGUACCUGUAAUUUCGGACUGAAGCUCUGAACGAUGUUUAUUACUUAUCCAUCCUAGUGUAAACCUUUCUUUUUGUUUUCUUCAUUUAUUUCCCAUUUUUGGAAAGACCUUUUAUUCAUUAAUGUGAUAUCAACAGCAGUUUUCCAUGUUCA